GGGCCAGAGAGAGGGAGACACAGAAUCUGAAGCGGGCUCCAGGCUCUGAGCUGUCAGCCCAGAGCCCGACGCGGGGCUUGAACUCACGAACCGCGAGAUCAUGACCUGAGCCGAAGUCAGCCGCUCAACUGACUGAGCCACCCAGGCGCCCCCCAUGUAUUUUUUAAAAAUUUCCCUUGAGACAGGGCACCUGAGUGACUCAGUCGGUUAAGCGUCCAGCUUCGGCUCAGGUCAUGAUCUCGCGGUUCGUGAGUUCGAGCCCUGCGUCGGGCUCUGGGCUGACAGCUCAGAGCCCGCAGCCUGCUUCAGAUUCUGUGUCUCCCUCUGUCUGCCCCUCUGCUGCUUGCACUCUGUCUCUCGCAUUGUCUCAAAAAUAAAUAAACAUUAAAAAAAAUUUUUUUUUAAGUUUCCCUUGAGACUUCCUCUUUGGCCUGUGGUUUAUUUAGAAGAUGUUGUUGAGUUUCUGAGUGUUUGGGGAUUUUCCUGUUCCUUUUUGUUUUGAUUACUGGUUUCACUCCAUUGUUGUCAGUGAGCAUACUAUGUGUGAUUUCAAUUCUUCUACAGUUGUUGAGGUUUGUCAUGUUGUCUAGGAUAUGGUCUUUAUGGUCUAUUUUCUGUGGACAUUUAAAAAGAAUGUAUAUUCUGCUACUGUUGGGUGGAAUGUUCUAUAAAUGUUGCUCAGAUCCUGUCGGUUGAUGGUGUUCAUGAAUUCUUUUUUUAACCUUGCUGAUUUUCUGUCCAGUUGUUCUGUCAGUUGCCGAAGGAAGGGUAUUGAAGCCUCCAACUAUAAUUGUGACUUUUGUCUAUUUCUCCUUUCAGUUUCAUCAAAUUUUGCUUCAUAUAUUUUGCAAUUCUAUUGCAUGGUGUAUACACACUUAAAAUUGCUAUGUCUUCUUGGCGGAUUGACCCUUUUAUCGUUAUGUAAUGUCUCUGUAUGUCCCUGGUAAUUUUCUUUACUCUGAAGUCUACUACUCUAUCCAAUAUUAAUAAGUUCACUCCUGCUUCCUUUUAAUCAAUGUUUGCAUGAUACAGCUUUCCUUUUCAAUUUUUAUUAUUUUAUUUUUUUUCAAAUUUUUAUUUAAACUCUAGUUAGUUCAACCUACAUAUAUCAUCAUAUUUGAAGCACAUUUCUUGUAGGCAGUACAUAAUUGGGUCACGAUUUUUUAUUUUUUAUUUUUUUAUUUUAGAGAGAGAGAGAAAGAGCUCCACACUCAGCAUGGAGCCCAAUACGGAGCUUGAUCCCACAGCACUGGGAUCAUGACCUGAGCCUGAGCUGAAAUCAAGAGUCGAACACUCCACUGACUGAGCCACCCAGGUGCCCCUGGAUCAUGAUUUUUUAAAUUGAAUCUGCCAAUUUCUGUCUCUAAUUAGUGCAUUUAUACCAUUUACACUUUAUAUAACUAUUUAUAUGUUAAGGUUGGAGCCUGUCAUAUUUUGUGUUUUCUGUUCUCUCUGUUUUUGUUUUCUCCUUUAUUUUUCCCCUUUCUUUGGGGUAUAUGGGCAUUUUGAAGAAUUCCAUUUUGAUUAUCUAGUAUUUUCAGGAGGAUCUCCUUAUGGAGCUUUUUUUUUGCCAGAUGUUUUAUGUAUUGUGUAAUAUAUACACAACUUAUCAAUGUCUAUUGGUAUCAUUUUACCACUUUCAGCGAAGUGUGGAGAUCUUCCUUACCCCUUUUCUCUUUAUCCUCCCCUAUUCAUUGUCUUAAUAUAAUUGUCUUAUAUAUUUCCUUUAUAUGCAUUGAGCACCACAUUAGAUGGGGUUAUAAUGUUUGCUUCAACUGUCAAACCUAUUUUAGAAAACUUAAGAGAAGGAAAGCAUAUUAUAUUUACCUAUAUUUUUUGCUCUUUCCAUAUUCUUUCUUCCUUACUGAUGGUCCAUUUUCUUUUAUCAUUUCCUUUCUGGUUAGAGAACUUCCUAUAGCCAUUCUUUUUUGGUAAGCCUGCUGGUAAUAAAUUCCUACUUUUCCUUGACCUGAAAAUGUCUCAAUACUUCUUUCAUUCCUGAAGGAUAUCUUCUAUGGGCAUGGGAUGCUAGGCUAACAAGUCUUUCCUUUUAGCACUUGAAACAUGUUGUUCGGGGCGCCUGGGUAGCUCAGUCGGUUGGGCAUCUGACUUCAGCUCCCGUCAUGAUCUUGUGGUUCGUGGGUUCAAGCCCCGCAUCAGGCUCUGUGCUGACAGCUCGGAGCCUGGAGCCUGCUUCUGAUUCGGUGUCUCCCUCUGUCUCUCUGCCCCUUCCCCACUCAUGCUCUGUCUCUGUUUGUCUCUGUCUGUGUUUCUCUCUCUCUGAAAAUAAAUAAACAUUAAAAAAAUUUUUUUUUAAAGGAAAGAUGUUGUGCCAUUUACUUCUGGUCCUAAAUGGCACCUUCUUCCAAUAGAGGGUUGUUUCGUCUACAUUGAAAAUCUACUGUUUAGUGUGGCCACCUUCCUUAUCUGAGCUAGAGCUUCUGGAUAAUUUGCUGCAGCUUCUAUAUCAGCACCCACUGCUUUGCCUACACUUGUAUGUUAUGGAGGUGGCUUCCUUCCUUAAAAUGCAUGAACCGACCUCUGCCAGCAUCAAACUUUUUUUCUGCAACUUCCUCACCUCUCUCAGCCUUCAGAGAAUUGAAAGGAGUGAGUGCCUUGCUGGGGAUUAGGCUUUGGCUUAAGGGAAUGUUGUGGCUGGUUAUAUGGAGGUGGCUUGCGGCACCCCAAAACCAUUAUUAUAAUAGUAACGUCCAAGGUCACUGGCCACAGGUCACCACAAUAAAUAUAAGAAUAGUGCAAAGGUUUGAAAUAUUACGAGAACUAUAUUACCAAAACGUGACACAGAGACACGAAGUGAGCAAAUGCCUAUAUUUCUUCGCUGAGGUUUUCUAUUGUCUCAUUUGUGUUAGGCAUUCUUCAUAAUUGCCCAGUGAAGUGUGUUUACGAUGGCUGCUCUAAAAUCCUUGUCAGGCAGUUCCGGCAUCUGUUGGGGUUUCAGUGUUGGCAUCUGCUCAGUAAUCUUUCCUCCUUCCAGCUGAGGUGUUCCCGGUUCUUGGUAUGACAUCUGAUGUUUCAUCGUGUCUAGGACAUGUGGGUAUUAAAUUAAGAGGCUCUGGAAUUCAUUUAACUCUCAUGUUUUCACAGGCGUCCUUUGACAGACCUCCGUUGGGUGAAGGGAGAUGUCAGCUCAUUACUCCACUUGGCUUCUUUGCGGUAGGCGGGGGGUGUCCCUUAUAUUGCCCGGUUGGGGUAGGAGUUCAUGCUUCCCCCUAGGCCUCUGCUGAUGCCACCCUGACUGGGAGGGAGAUAGGUGCCUUGUCACUGCUUCCCAUUUGAUGCCCCUUGACAUUGUUGGCAGAAGUGGCCUAGUUACUGCUGAGCCUUGGUGACAGCUCUAGUAGGCCUCCUCUGACAUCACUCAGUGGGGAGAAGGGAGGACACUGUGUUAGCUCUGGGUGAGGAUGGGAGCCCAGACUCCUCACAUUGUCUCCACUGUCACCAACGGGUGGGAGAGGAAGAGGCAGUGGUUAUUAUUGCCCAGCAAGGCAGAAAGCUCCAGCACCCUAAUGGGCUUUCUCUGAUACCGCCUUGGCAGGGGGCAAGGGUUGUUGGGCUGGGGGUACUGUAAGAAGUUACAGUUUGUCAAGGGUGGGAAUAUGGGCUCUCCACUUGGCCUUUGCUGUUAGUGAUGGUGGUGGGACCCCAGUGUUUUCUGUGGUGCUUGGCUUGAGUAGAGCCAUCAUUGUCUGAAAGUUUUCUAUCUUCCUAGACUGCCUCUUCCCUGGUCCUUUGACUAGAGAGAGCAGGCUUUUCUUUGGGCACUUUUUGUCUGCACCCAUUGGCCUUUCUAGGUUGCUGGCUUCUCUAGCACCAAGUCUAGGAUAUCUGAGGCUAAAAGAAAACCCCGUACUGCCACAUCGUUUUUGGGGUCUCAGGAUCCCUAGCCAAUAUGCCUUCUUCAUUUCUUUCAGAAUCUUCCUAUGUUUUAUAUAUGAUGUCCACACUUGUUAGUUGUAUGUAGCAGAAAAAACAGUUAAACAUAUCUACUCCAUCUCCACAAGAGGAAGUCUCCAUAAUUAUGAUUUUUAAGACUUCAUGUGGUUUUGGGGUACCUGGGUGGCUCAGUUGGUUGAGCAUCUGACUCUUGAUUUUGGCUCAGGUCAUGAUCCCAGGAUUGUAGGAUUGAGCCCCGCAUUGGGCUCUGUGCUGACUGAGCAUGGAACCUGCUUGGGAUUCUCUCCCUCCCUCUCCCUCUGCCCCUCUCUCUGACUCGUGCUCUCUCUCUAAAAAAAAAAAAAAAAAAAAAAAAAAAAAAGACUUCAUGUGAGUUCAUGCAUCUGUGCUAGUUUUAUUUGUAUAUAUUGAAUGACCACUAAAGGUUUAUGCAAAGGUUUACAUCCUUCUUUAUUGUAUAUUUUAUUAUUAAAAAUGGCCCCCUUUGUUAAUGUAUUGAGCACUUUGGGCUUAAUUUCCACCUCAAUCAUCAUAUUUCUAGAUGUGCUUGCAUUUUCUUGCACUUGCCUGGUGUGUCAUAUGUUUUUUAAAUGUUUAAUUAUAAUACAGAAAACUGCACAGAUUAUGCACAUUUAGCUUGAUGAUUUUUUAACAGACUGAGCGAACACGCACAACCACCACCUAGAUUAAGAAAUAGAACGUGACUAGCACCCAGAAGACACCCCCUUGUGUUCCUUUCCAAUCCCCAACCUCCUCCCAACGGGGGACCAAUAUCCUGCCUUCUAGCGGCAAUAGAAUGGUUUUACAUGUUUUCGAAAGUUAUAUAAACACAAUCGUACAGUGUUGACUCAUAGCUCUUUUGGGUCUGGCUUCUUUGGCCGAUGCAUCAGAUGAGAUUCAUGUGUGUUGUCUGUAGUCACUUGUUCAUUCCUGUUGCUGUAUAGUACUUCCUUGUAUGACUGUAAGACCACUUAUUUAUCUAGUCUGAUGUUAAUGGGCGUUUGCCUAAUUUUCAGGUUUGAAUAAAGCCAUCCUGAACAUAUCCUGUCUUUCAGUGAACAUGUGUUCGCAUUUCUCGGGAGUACACUCCUAGGAGGAUAUUGCCUAUGUUCAGCUUUCGUAGAUAAUACCACACCCAACAGCUCUGCAAAGUGUUUGUACUCUUUUGUGCUCCUUAAAAACAACUUACGGGUUUCCGCCCCUCGUAUCCUCACCGGGUCUCUUGGUUAUUUGCCAUCGUUUUCGUUUUAGCCAUUUCUGGUGGGCAUGAAGGCAUAUCUGAUUGCAGUUUAUAUUUCCUUGCUAACUAAUGAAGUUGAGCAUCUUUUCCUCGGCUUACUCGCCACUCGGGUAUCUUCUUCAGGAAGUUCCUGUUCCUUUUGCUCUUUUCCUCUGGCUCCUAUUGGUUUCUAGGAAUUCCUGAUACAUUUGAGACAUGAAUUGUUUGUCAGAUACAGGUAUUGCAGUUAACUUCCCCCACUGUGGGAUUUGCCUUUACACUCAAAGUUUUGGGGUUUUUUAAAAUUUUUAUUUAUUUUUGAGAGAGAGAGACUAUGUGUGAGCAGGGGAGGAGUAGAAAGAGAAGGAGACACAGAAUCCGAAGCAGGCUCCAGGCUCCGAGCCAUCAGCACAGAGCCCGACGCAGGGCUGGAACUCACGAACCGCGAGAUCAUGACCUGAGCCGAAGUCGGACGCUCAACCGACUGAGCCACCCAGGCGCCCCUACACUCUUAAUUUCAUCUUCUGAUGAACAGAGGUCUUUAAUGUUAGUGUAGUCUAAUUUAAUAACCUCUUAUUCUACCAGAUAGCAAAACCUGAUAUGAGGCACAUUAAUUAAGACACGGUAGUGCUGUUCCAAGAAUAGACAAAUGGACCAAUGGAAAUACAGAGUUCAGGAAUGAACCUCCACAUAUACAGUCACAGAGCAACAUUGCAGAGCAGUGGAGAAAGGGUAGUCUUUUCAAUAAGCCAUGCUGGAUCACCUUGAUAUCCAUGUGGAAGAAAUGAAUCUUGACCCUAACACAUACCAUGCACCAAAACCCUUCCCGAGAGGACUAUAAAUCUAAAUGUGAAAGAACAAUAAAAAUUAAGAAAACAUGGGACAUCUUUAUGACCCUGAGGUAGGCAAAGCUUUCCUAACUAAGACAUAAUGAGUGCUGACCAUAACAGAAAGAAUGAUAAAUAGCACGGCAUGUUUCUGUCCAGUGCUUCAUCUCACAUCUUUGUCUUUUUUAUUUAGAUGUGUGGCGACUGUAUUUUUGUUUUGUUAACCGGUCCCAUCGUCUUUACCUUUUAUGGCAGGAUUCAGCUCAUUCAGUUUAGUUGAAUUGUAACGUAUUAAAUUUCAGGGCGCCUGGGUGGCUCAGUCAGUUAAGUGUCCAGCUCUUGGUCUCGGCUCAGGUCAUGAUCCCACGGUUUGUGAAUCUGAGCCCUACAUCGGGCUCUGUGCUGAUGGUAUGGAGCCUGCUUCAGAUUCUGUCUGUCCUUCUCUCUGCCCCUACCCUGCCUGUGCUCACUCUCUCUCUCUCUCAAAUUAAAAAAAAAUAAUUUGGGGCGCCUGGGUGGCUCAGUCAGUUGAGCAUCCUAUUUUGGCUCAGGUCAUGAUCUCACCGCUUGCGAGUUCGAGCCCCAUGUCGGGCUCUGUGCUGACAGCUCAGAGCCUGGAGCCUGCUUCGGAUUCUGUGUCUCCGUCCCUCUCUGCCCCUCUCCUGCUCGCACUCUGUCUCCCUCUCUCAAAAAUAAAUAAAUAUUUAAAAAAAUUUAAUAAAAAAUAAUUUUUAAAAGGUCUUAAUAUCUUGGGCUUCUGAUAGUUUGGAGUUUUGAUUAUUUUUAUCAAUUUCUGCUAGUAGUUGCCUUCACCUCUCUUACAGGUAUGAUGAUCUAUAUUUUCUCUAUUACUAGAUCCAAUAAUGUUGUACUAGUAUUUGGAUCUACUAAUAGAGGUAUGUGAUUGAUUGGCCUUCCCCUCCUCAUUCCACUCAGUAGAUUUUUCCAGGGUAUUUUAAAAUUUCCAGUUAGUAAUGAUCUUAUUUAUUCAAAAUGCCCAAUUACAUUAUUUUUCUUUAUUCAGAUAUAACUGUGUAUUAUGAGAAUCAUUUCUCAAGACUGCUUUCCUCUGAUUUUGAGGUUUCUGCUACUAUUCAGUUUAUAAUUGUUUAGACUACUCCCUGGAGUAUUCUCCUGAGAUAGGAAUAUUGGCAUAAUGCUGUAGAUGCUUUUGUGUCUAAAAUCGUCUUUUGCGCUGACAGAAGAAUGGUAUUGAACUAGGAUGAGUUUAAAAUUCUCGGAUCUCAGCCCUUUUCUCUCAAUAAUUUGUAGAUGUUUUCUUCUAAUAUGAUUCCUAUUGGUGCCAAUAAAAAGUCUAGUGCCAUUGUGAGCCCUUUCCGUUGUAAAUAAUGUGUUGUUUCUUCCUGGAAGUGUUUUGGGUUUGCUUUUUAUCCUUUAAAUUCAGUGCCAAAUCAGAUAUGGGGUUGAUUUGGUUCCUCUGGGAGUCCAGGAUUGGGGGGAUUUCUGUGGGGGAGGAUCAAUGAGUUAGGGUCCAUUAGGAUUAGAUAAUCUAAAGCCUAUAGAUGUGAUUCAUAUUGGAGCAGUGAGUGACAAUCGGGAAAUUCUUGAGGUUUUAUAAGAGUUGGAGAUGUAAAUAUCUGAAGGCAUCGAUUAGCCCAUGCGAGUUAUUGAUUGGAACGUGGAGGUGGUGAAUGAUUGAUUGCAAGCCUGGGGUUACAAAUGGUCGGGAGUCAGUUUUGGUGGCCCUAUAGGAGUCAUUGAUUGGGACCUGUGGAUAUCUGUAAAUGCAGGACUGUGCGAGUUAGUAUGUGAAGGACUGUUAUUGAAGGUUUGAUGGGAGUCCCUCAUUCUAUAUAUGGGCUGUGAGUUAUGGGGUCCUCUAGGAGGUCAGGUUUGGCCCUCAAAGGGCAUUGAGUAGAUCAGUGAUUGGUUUUCUACUGAGGGUCAAUUGCCUGUAUUGGUGAUUAUUUGAGGAGCCUAUGGAAACCAGUUGAUGGUGCCAUCUGGGACACGGUUUUGUCAAGCAGUGGGGGUUACAGAUUUAGGAGCCUAUGCAGACAUGCUGGUUUUCUGGACCCAGGUGGGAGCUGGGGAAGGGAGGCAAUGAGUUUAUGUUUUCAUCUAUGGCAGAAGAGGGUGGGCUUUAUAAGUUGCCCAGAACAUACACUGAAUUAUACAGAAACUCAGUUUAUACACAUGUGACAUGAUCAUCCCCUAGCCAGAGCACUUUAAGGGCAGCAGGAAAUGGAAAUCAUGUUUUUUAUGACUCUGCCAUGUACAGAACACCAUCUGGCAUGGUAGUUAAGAAAAUGUACUGUAGAGCCCGGCGUACCUGGCUUCGAGUCCCUGUCCUUCCCCCUAAUCUGAGUGAUCUUGGGGCAGAUUUCUUGAUAUCUCUGAACACCUCUAUCUGAUGAUAAAUGGGAAUAAUAAUAGCAGAAUUACCUAGUUCCCAGGAUGAGUUUGAAAAUUAAAUGAGGUACCUGAUAAAACAUGCCUUGCAACCUUGUAAUAAUAGCAAUAUUUAAUAUCACUAGAAUAUGUUCCAGGUAGCAAGCAGGGGUGAGUGCUUUAGAGGCUUUAUACCAUUUAUCUCUAACAUCCCUAUGAGGCCAGUGUUUUCAUCCUCAAUUUUAAGAUGAAGGAACUCUGACCAAAGUGACUUGCCCCAGAUUCUAGCUAGAACAUAGAAGACCUGGAAUUCAAAGCCUCAUUCAUUUUAUACCAAAUCCUAUGAGUAUUUUUUUUCAUGUUAUAUGCUAAUGCUUGGUGUCGGUUUUACUAAACUUCUCUCUUUCACAGUAUCCAGCACAGAGAGCUGCCCGCCUUGAUGCCCCCAGGAGGCAUCUGUGGGGUGGCUGCUAAUUGACGGACUAUGUGGACACUGUCUUUCUAGGGUUUCUUGGAGUCUCUGAGGAGCCCCUGGGCCAGACCCCGCAGUGAAGGCUGCAGGACCCACCUCCCGGCCCCAGCAGCUCUGAUUGAGUCCACAGGUGUCUACCUGACUUCAAGCUCCUGGGAAGAGUGGAGUCGUCAGCAAGAGAGCCUGAGAGCUGAGGCCCGGCGGGAACAUGCCAGCUGACCAGAGUUCUCCCCGGUGGUCCUCGGUCCUAGCUCCAGAGGGACAUGGCAGCUCGUGUGAGGUCUCCGUGUCAUUCGAGGAUGUGACCGUGAACUUCAGCAGGGAAGAGUGGCAGCAUUUGGACCCUGCUCAGAGACGCCUGUACCGGGAUGUGACACUGGAGAACUACAGCCACCUGCGCUCAGUGGGGUACCAGGUUCCCAAACCAGAGGUCAUCUUCAAAUUGGAGCAAGGAGAGGGGCCAUGGACAUUGGAGGGAGAAACCCCACAUCAGAGCUGUUCAGGUGAGGAUAUUGGGAAAGUACAACAACAGAGAAUUUCUGGAAAAGUUCCACUCCCCUGUGAGAAAUUUGGUCAAUCUAUAAGAAAAGCUCCUUUGUGUUCCAUUUUAGAAGAAUUGUGGCAAAAUAAUAGCGAGCUAGAGAGGUAUCCAGGAAGCCAAAAUAACCCUUUAAGUCCUGUGAAAGUGCUGAGCUGUGAAUGUAAAAAUAUUGAAAAAAUAAUUCACGUGAGUUCCAAGCUUGUUCCUUCAAUUAAAAGACUCCAUAACUAUGACACAUUUGGAAAGAGUUUGAAGCACACUUUAAACUUACAUAACCAUAAUAAAAGCAAUUCAACAAAGAACCUUGAUAAGAUUUUUGAAAACGAUAACAAUUUUGCCCACAGCUCUUCCUCCCCCGAGAAUGCUGCCACAGGGGCAAAUGCCUGGAAAAUUAAUCAAUGUGAAAAGCAUCUUGGCAACAAACAAGUUCUCAUCCCCCAGCAGCAAAUUCAGACCGGGGAGCAACUUUAUGUUUGUACUGAGUGUGUAAAGGGCUUCCCCCAGAAGUCACAUCUCUUUGAGCAUCAGAGAAUGCAUGCUGAGGGAAAAUCCCACGAAUGCAAUAAAAGUGAGAACGCCCUCACUCAGAAGCCACAGAUUGAUGGACCUCAAAGUGUUUAUACAGGGGAUAAACCCUAUAUAUGUACUCAGUGUGGGAAGGCCUUUACUCUCAAGUCAAACCUCAUUACACAUCAGAAAAUUCAUACUGGGCAGAAACCGUAUAAGUGCAGUGAGUGUGGAAAAGCCUUUUUCCACAGAUCGUAUCUCUUUAGACAUAUGAGAAUUCACACAGGAGAAAAACCCUAUGAAUGUAGUGAAUGUGGAAGAGGCUUCUCUCAGAAUUCAGACCUUAAUAUACAUCAGAAGACUCAUACUGGGGAGAAACACUAUGCGUGCAGUGAAUGUGGGAAAGCCUUUACAAGAAAGUCCGCGCUCAGAAUGCAUCAGAGAAUCCACACAGGAGAGAAACCUUAUGUAUGCACUGAAUGUGGGAAGGCUUUCAUCCAGAAAUCACAUUUCAAUACACAUCAGAGAAUCCAUACCGGAGAGAAACCUUACGAAUGCAGUGAGUGUGGAAAAUCAUUCACUAAGAAGUCCCAACUCCACGUGCAUCAAAGAAUUCACACAGGAGAAAAACCCUAUAUAUGUACAGAAUGCGGAAAGGUCUUCACUCAUAGAACAAACCUCACUACACAUCAGAAGACUCAUACUGGAGAGAAGCCCUACAUGUGUGCUGAAUGCGGAAAGGCUUUCAGUGACCAGUCAAAUCUCAUUAAGCACCAGAAAACUCACACUGGAGAGAAACCCUAUAAAUGCAAUGGCUGUGGAAAAGCCUUUAUAUGGAAGUCACGCCUCAAAAUACAUCAGAAGUCUCAUAUCGGAGAGAGACACUAUGAAUGCAAUGAAUGUGGGAAAGCCUUUAUCCAGAAAUCAACACUAAGUGUGCAUCAGAGAAUCCACACAGGAGAGAAACCCUACAUUUGUCCUGAGUGUGGGAAGGCCUUCAUCCAGAAAUCACACUUCAUUGCACAUCACAGAAUUCAUACUGGAGAGAAGCCUUAUGAAUGCAGUGACUGUGGGAAGUGCUUUACUAAGAAGUCACAACUCCGUGUGCAUCAGAAAAUUCACACAGGGGAGAAGCCCAACGUAUGCGCUGAAUGUGGGAAGGCCUUCACCGACAGGUCAAAUCUGAUAACACACCAGAAAAUCCAUACCCGAGAGAAACCCUAUAAGUGCGGUGACUGUGGGAAAACCUUCACCUGGAAGUCCCGCCUCACCAUCCAUCAGAAAUCUCACACUGGAGAAAGGCACUAUGAAUGCAGUAAAUGUGGGAAAGCCUUCAUCCAGAAAGCAACGUUGAGCAUGCAUCAGAUCAUUCAUACAGGAAAGAAACCCUACGCUUGUACAGAAUGUCAGAAGGCCUUCACUGACAGAUCAAACCUCAUUAAACACCAGAAAACGCACAGUGGAGAAAAGCUAUAAAGGCACUGACGGCAAACGCCUUCAGCUGGACCUCACAACUCGGUACGCGUCAGAUGUCUCGUAGACGGGAAGAGGAGUGACCGUGACACUACAGCUUCCGUGAACAGAAGGCAGGCAAAGCCAAGUACCCUUCAGUCAACGGGAAGUACAAGUACCUGCAUCGCCGCAAGCUGACGCGCAAUUAGACGCGCAGGGAGACGCUUUGAUAAAGCAUUUGAGCAAUAGUCCUAUUUGGGUGCAUGAUUCAUCCACAGACCCUCAAGCUCCUACAAGCGGUACAAAUAGAGACCCCAGGAGAUGACUUGGAACCUGUUAUGUUUCACUUUUUGGAUGAAGGACUUGAUAAAUUCGGCACUGAUGAGUUCUUUGUCCCCCGGGGUGUAAAAGUACUCGAUAUUGGCCACUUCUUUUUCAGAUUCCUAGGGCGGGGAGAAGAGUUUUUAGAGCACCAAGGUCAAGGCAGAAAACUAUUUGGGAACGCAGGUCUGUGAGUAGAAGCCACAAGUUUUUGUGAUCGUUGACAUUUAAGACACAAAAAAAAGAUUGCCAUGAGGAACUGUUCUGUCUCUUCCCUUCACGAUAGAAUUUAAAAAAUGUAAUAUUUAAAAAAAUUUUUUAAAUAUUUAUUUGUGAGGGCAGGGGAGGGGCAGAGAGAGAGGGAGACACAGAAUCCGAAGCAGGCUCCAGGCUCCGAGCUGUCAGCACAGAGCCCAAUGUGGGGCUCGAACUCAUGAACCCUGAGAUCGUGACCUGAGCCGAAGUCAGACGCUCAGCCGACCGAGCCACCCAGGCCCCCCCAAAAUAUAAUAUUUUUUAAAAAUGAAAUAGAAUUUUUAAGCUGAAAGUCUCGCUUUAGGUUUAAAUUGGCAACUUAGGCACGGCUGUAGUGGAUGUUACAGAAAUAUAGUUGUUAAGCCUUACAGACCUCUGAAGGUGGCAAUUUUUCCCUCAUUAAUUCCAUGCUGUGGCAGCAGGCGAUUCACAUCCAAAAAAGACGUGCAUGCGUUCUAACCUGUAUCCCAAAAGCUGUCAUUUAUGGAAGCUGGCAGACCACAGACUUCUCAUCCCCUUAGACGCUGACCCUCACCCACUGAGGCUUCUGCUUUCUUUGGGAUUCCUGUUUGGAAAGGAGUGGUUGACAAAUUGGGUUUCAGUACCUAAAACUUUGAUUUGGUUUUCCUUUCAAUUUGGAUAAGAUACAUUCGCUUUCUACACGCACGUUAAGAGCAGUUUUGUGUAGAUUGCUACAGGAUAAAGUCAUCUUGCACUGUAUUUGGUUAGUCUCGGAUAUGAUUAUAGUUGAAUAACUGCGAGACUUCUCUAGAAAGAGCACUGCUUUUUUUUAGGCACUGAUGUACAGACACUUUCUCAUUUUGCCUUAAAUGGUUUUUUAUGACACUCAUAAGAAAAGGGACUUGCUUUCUCGCAUGCAAUUUUAUUUUGUUUUUAAACCUUCUUAUUAAAGUAUAAUGUACACAGAAAAUGCGGAUAGCAUGAGCAAACAGUUCAGUGAUCUCUCACAAAGUGAACAUACUCAGAUGAAGAAGGAAAACAUCCCCAGCACUCCAGAAGCAUUCCAGGCCUUGUCCCCCAUCCCCAAGGUAAACACUAUCCUGACUUGUAACAGCACAGAUGGUUUUGUCUGUUUGGUAUUUUAUAUAAAUUGAGUCCAACAAUUAUAUUUCCUAUUUUAGUAAUAUACUCUUUGGUGUCUGUCUUCUUAAAUUCACAUUAUAAAUGUGAGAUUCAUCCAUUUGGUCAAAUGUAGUUGUAGAUAAUUCAUUCUCAUUGUCACGUUAUGUUCCGUUGUGUGAAUAUACUACAAUAUAUUUAUCUAUUCCUCUGUUGAUGGACAUUUGGGUUGUCUGCAGCUUGGGGCCAUUAGGAAUAGUGGUGCUAUAAAUAUUUUAGUGCCUAUCUACCAAUGAACAUAUUUACGAAUUUCCAUUAGGUAUAUAUAUCUAGGAUUUGAACUGCCAAGUCAUACGGUAUCCGUAUGCUCAGCUUUAGUUUCUAAAACUACUUUUCAAAAGUGGCUGUACCAAUAUACACUCCCACCAGCACAGUAUACGAGUUCUACUUGUGCUCCACGUUCUUGCCAACACUUGGUGUUUUCCAUCUUUUUCAUUUUAGCCCAUAUAUAUAUAUAUAUAUAUAUAUAUGUA